GGGGUGUGGUUUCACUCAGAGCCGAAGCCUCUCGAAGAGUCAGGCGGAUCUGUAGCUGCUGAGAGGUCCUUGUAUUCUAACAAUAAAAACUGAGGAGUUGGAACAGAGCAGACCAGACCAGUGUGGGGGUCAUAACAGCCGGCGGAGGGGAGGGACAGGUGGAAAAAAAAAGUACUCACUCAAGAGGAAAAGUUGAGGAAGUGUCCUCCUGGGUAGAAUGGGUGACGAGGAGAAGCGAGUGGAACUCUUUGUGAAGGCUGGCAGUGAUGGGCAGAGCAUCGGGAACUGCCCCUUCUCGCAGCGGCUCUUUAUGGUCCUCUGGCUGAAGGGAGUCACCUUCAAUGUCACCACGGUUGAUAUGAAAAGGAAAUUUGAGAAUAAAUUCCUGGAGGAUUUAGCCCCUGGUACUCAGCCACCAUUUCUACUGUAUGAGAACGAGGUGAAGACUGACACGAACAAGAUUGAGGAGUUCCUGGAGGAAAAUCUCUGCCCUCCCAAAUAUCCUCGACUGGCGGCCAGGAAUCCAGAAUCCAACACUGCCGGGAGUAACGUUUUCUCCAAGUUCUCGGCCUACAUCAAGAACCCCAAUCCUGGCAUGAAUGACAUGUUGGAGAAGGGUCUGGUGAAAUCCUUGCUGAAGCUGGAUGAGUAUUUGAACACGCCAGUACCUGAGGAAAUUGAUGAGAACAGCGCCGACGAUGUGACCAUCUCCAGCAGGAAGUUCCUGGACGGGAAUCAGCUGACACUGGCCGAUUGCAACCUCUUGCCCAAGCUCCACAUUGUCCAGGUGGUGUGCCGGAAGUACCGAGCUUUUGAGAUUCCUCGGCAGUUCACCGGCAUCUGGAGGUACCUGAAGAAUGCUUACGAAUGUGAAGAGUUUGCGCACACCUGUCCGAAGGAUGAGGAGAUCGAGCUGGCUUACGCUUCUGUGGCUAAGCCCCUCAAAUAGGGAGGAUGGUUGACGGGGAGCAACUUGAAUGAAAGGAGAAGGCGACGUUUUGCUGGGUGUGUAACUCCUGUGAAGUCUCCACCACCGAGUCCAUGUGGCUGCAACACUGUUAGAUUAAAAUCCUUCGUUGUGGUUUAAAAGGAAGUAUUACUUGACCAAUGUUCGGUUUUCUAGCUGCCCUUUGUUUGCUUUCCUGGAGAAUAUCCUGAAAAAUAUAUAUUUAUGUCUAGUCAAA